GUGAAUGGGUGAAGAUGGUAAACGGGUAAAAAUCUCACAAUUGAAUUUGGCAGCUAGCAAAUUGGAUUUGACAACAACCGUCCGGCUCUAGGACCCAGCGGAGUCCGAAAAGCGCACAUGGCAAAGUGUGGCCGCUCUGGUACGAGAGGGGAUGGCAAGUCUGCUUCAUUACCAAUUCACCAACAUCCUAAGAUUCUGUCUUUUCUAGCGCUCCUCGCCACACUUCCAUCACAUGAGCAACACCUUUACACCUAAAAAAAAAAAAAAGCCUUCAUCCAACAGUAUUUGUGCGUUUUUUUCCCAGACUAUUGUCGGCCAAACGCCUGGUGCAGGAAGGAAAAGUUUCUGACAGCUUUCUUGAAAUGACAGCCUGCCGCAUCUCGUUGGACUCUUGGUGGUGAAGCUUUUCUCCCCCCUCCUCACCCCCCUCCCGUCCCCGUAUUUCCCCACUACACCACCGUGAACUGCUUUGGCCUGUAUCUCCAUCCUGUCCCCUGUGUGAAGUGUCUGGCCGUGCUGCAUUAAUAACGCAGUCCGAGCGUUUUUCCCCCGGCUUCACCCCACCGAGCCCGGGCAUCAUGAGAACCUGGGGGCGGCGGAAGAACUUUGCCUUUCUGAUCUUCGCUCUCCGCGUCUGGUGCCUGUCGGUGGGAGCAGAAAAUGCUGACAGCACGGUUUACAAUAUGCAAGAAGGAAGUAGUCCAGACAAGCACAAACAGCGAGGAGAACCAGCUAAACCAGAGAGCUAUGGGACCACCGUACCUCUGCUGCUCAAGGGCAAGGAGCGCAGACCUCUCAGCCAGCUCAAAGCCGGGAGUUAUCCUGCAUCGCUCCAGCUGCUCGUACAUGCAGAAGGUGAACAGCUUAUCCUGCUGCUGGAGAAAAAUGAGGGUCUUUUUGCAAGCCAUUACACUGAGACACAUUACCGCGAGGAUGGAAGCGCAGUCACCGGUGCUCACAACUUCACGAAUAACUGCUACUACCAUGGGGAAGUGCAAGCCCAUCCAAACUCUGAUGUCACCCUCAGCACCUGCUCAGGCCUUCGAGGCUUCAUAGCACUUGAAAACAAGACAUUCAUCAUUGAGCCGGUGUCUGGUCAUGACAACGGUUCCCACUUUAUCUACCGAGUGGAAGAACUCAAACUGACCCCAGGAGACUGCGGCCACGGCUUCAACAUGUCCUCUGUUAGCCCUGAAAACCACAUCAAAAGCCCCUUCCAAUCCUUCCACACAAGGAAUAAAAGGCAUGCUCAGAAGACAACCAAGUAUGUUGAGCUGAUCAUUGUGGCAGACAACAGAGAGUUUCAGAAACAGGGGAGAGACGUGGAGAAGGUGAAACAGAGACUGGCAGAGAUAGCCAAUUACGUGGACAAGUUCUACAGGGCUCUGGACAUCCGGGUGGCCCUUGUGGGCUUGGAGGUGUGGAGUGACUCUGAUAAAUGUCCCAUCACCCAGGAUCCCUUCACCACCCUACACGAGUUCCUCGACUGGAGGAAAGUCAAACUGCUGCCCCAGAAACCUCAUGACAACGCUCAGCUCAUAAGUGGGGUUUACUUCCAGGGCACCACCAUUGGCAUGGCGCCCAUUAUGAGCAUGUGCACAGCUGAGCAGUCUGGAGGUAUUGUCAUGGAUCACUCCGAGAACCCACUGGGUGCAGCCGUGACUUUGGCACACGAGCUGGGACACAAUUUUGGCAUGAACCACGACACCCCAGAGCGCGGCUGCGGCUGCAGGAUGACUGUUGAUCGCGGCGGCUGCAUAAUGACUCCCUCCACAGGGUAUCCAUUCCCGACAGUUUUCAGUACAUGCAGUAAGAAGGACCUUGCUGCCAGUCUGGAGAAGGGCGUCGGCAUGUGUUUGUACAACAUGCCCGAGGUCAAGGUGCUCUAUGGUGGCCAGAAGUGUGGCAAUGGCUACGUGGAGGAGGGAGAAGAGUGUGAUUGCGGGGAGCCAGAGGAAUGUAUGAACCCAUGCUGCAACGCCACCACAUGCACACUCAAAGGAGAUGCCGUGUGCGCCCACGGACAGUGCUGUGAAGACUGCAGGCUGAAACCGGCUGGCACCCAGUGUCGAGAAUCCAGUAACUCCUGCGACCUGCCAGAGUUCUGUACUGGUGCCAACCCUCACUGCCCAGCCAAUGUUUAUCUGCAUGAUGGGCACGCCUGUCACAACGUCGAAGGCUACUGCUAUAACGGCAUCUGCCAGACUCACGAGCAACAGUGCAUCACCCUGUGGGGACAAGGAGCCAAGCCUGCCCCUGGGAUAUGCUUUGAGCGAGUCAACUCUGCAGGAGAUCCUUAUGGGAACUGUGGGAAAGACUCCAAAGGCUCCUUUGCCAAAUGUGAUGCGAGGGAUGCAAAGUGUGGUAAAAUUCAGUGCCAGGGAGGAGCCAACAGGCCAGUGAUUGGAACAAACGCUGUUUCCAUUGAAACCAACAUCCCACUUCAAGAGGGAGGACGUAUUCUGUGUCGAGGAACACACGUUUACCUGGGUGAUGACAUGCCUGAUCCUGGACUGGUUCUAGCUGGUACGAAGUGUGGAGACGGCAUGGUGUGCCUAAAUCGGCAGUGCCAGAAUGUCAGUGUCUUUGGUGUGCAUGAGUGCUCUGGCAAGUGCAAUGGACGCGGGGUGUGCAACAACAAGAAGAAUUGCCAUUGUGAAGCACACUGGGCCCCUCCAUUCUGUGAGAAGGAAGGCUUUGGUGGGAGCAUUGACAGUGGGCCAAUGAGGCUGGCAGAUGCGCGUGUGUGUGUAUUAAUGUGCGUGUUGUCGUAUAUGGCAUCAGCCGACAGUGUGGUCAUUACCGUGGCAAUCCUGGUCACCCUAGUCAGUCUUCUGGCAACCACCGUGAUCAUCUUUGUGAAGAGGAAGACUUUCCUGCGCCUCCUAUUCACCAAUAAGAAGAGCACCUUGGAGAAACUCAGAUCUGUGGAGGCCAACAGGCCAACCAGCCCCAUCAGGACUCAGCCCAUGUAUAGGCCCACACCACAGCGCAAGCCUCCACCCAAACCCUCUGGAGCCAACAUUUAUAAGGCAUCUCUUCUCAGUGCCGAGCCUCUCCUCCCUCCGCACAACUUCCACUCUCACAGCCUGCGCCGACUGCCCCUCUACCAGCCCCUGCACAUCAGCCAGCCCAUGCCGGUGUCCCUGAGCGUGGGCCAGCCCAGCCUGCCUCCUCUCCCAGCCCAGCGCAGGGUCCUGCCUGCCCACACCUCCUUCUCACCACCUCGAGUGCCGCCUUUUCUCAGUCUGCCACGUCAGCACCCGGUGUACAGAGUGGACCAGGACUCUGAGAAACCCAGUCCACCCCAGAAACCCUUGCCUGCAGACCCAUUAGGGAGGAGCUCUCGGCUGGGUCAAAGUGCCACGGCAGCGGGGGUUCACAUGACCGGAAAUGGACCCCUCCCCAUCCCCAUUCCCACUGUGCCCAGGCCUCCACCCACCAUCCCUUUACCCAGCAGACCUGCGCCGAUGUUGCCCUACAGGCCACCAAAGACUCAUAAGGAUUGCUGAGCUCCGGAAGUCAUGGACGAGUAAGACCUCCUGCCCCACGGAGACUUUGUUGAUUUGCACUAAUUGCUGAGACUCUGUCAGACCUUUUGGACACUUGGAAGUAUCACAGAGUUUCUGGUGAAAGGGGGCUAACAUCACACCUCAGUGCUACGCCUCUUAAAGGUGCUUUGUUGUCCUCGCUCAGGUACCAAUGAACUAUUUAUCUAUUUAAAUAUUUAACUUGGACAGUACCAGUUUGUGCACAAAACACUCUGACAGAGAGUGUUUUUGCCCUUGGAAAAGUUUAGGAAAGAAGAAAACGUGGUUUAAUUUAGAAAAUUUCUUUUGCAUUCUUUGGUGAUUUUUAUACUUUUUUCUCAAAUGAAAUGCUGAAAUAUUAUGAUGUUUUUAUAACAAGUGACGUUGCUUGAAAAAUUGAAGCAAGAGAAAAAAAAACAUUUGUUUUGGGACUGAAAUGAAGAUAAAGGGAAAUGGAGCACAACUCAGCAAGUUGUCAGCGUAGCUUGUGGGCCAUAGAGCAAUGUUAUUUAUUCAGUGUUCAUAUUUUUAUGAUGUAUUGAAUACCAAAUACAUCUUUUCUAUUCAUGUCGACACGGUGCUACAAAGUAGAUAUGAAUUGAAUGGUUUUUGCUUCUUUUUUUUCUUUUUUUAAACAAAGUACACGUAUUCAUUUUAAAGCCUGAGAAUACUCUUCUUUUUAUGGGAUUAUUCUGAUCCGCUCAUUUUACAAUCUCACAGUCAGGCUCUUUUAUUCCCUUAUAAGUUCACUUUUCUUUAUACAAACAGGAAAAGUACUUUUCACACUUUUCAGGUUGGCUCUGACACACUUGGGCGCCCAACAUGUUCUUUCUGAUACUGGCAGACGCUGCAGAGUCUCAACAGAUUUGACAGACUGAUUGUGUUCCAGAGAAUUACACCAACACCAAAUAAUUCAGCAUUAGCUCUGGUGUUUGUAUGUUUAACAUUUACGCUCACUUUGUCCUUGAACGUAUGAGCCAAGAGGAAUGACUUCAGCGCUGUGAGCUUUCCAGUCUCCUCCUCGACUGUUUCCAACAAGAUGUUUUACUGUAUCUGUGUCUGUCUUUUUUUUUUGCCUUCGAAACAUUCCAUUUGAAUUUCGUAUUGUGUUAUUCUUGAACGUCUUGAGGUCGCUCAUUCAUCCACAGCAUCAUUUAUUAGAUUCAGAGCCUGGCGUUGCACUUUUGGUUGGCCAGUUUCCUCGAUGUUGUUUGUUGUUGACUUGCUGUUUUACAAGGAGGGAUUCAAACUUAACAGCACAGUUCUUGUUCCUGUGUCAGUGUUCCCCUUGGAUAACGCUUUUUAUAUUUGCAGUGUAUCCAAAAGCAGUGGCUCGUCUUCUCACCUCUGCAGAAUGAUUGAAGUUCGUAAAACCCUGCAUUUAUGCAUUGCAUUUGUGUACAAACACGUGCAAGAAAUGCUUUUUCCUGUUUUUGGAAGUGCUCAGAUGUGCUGGACAGUCAGAGUAACUGCUCCACAUGGGAAAAUAUCUGUCAGUGCUGUGUCACUUAGUCGUUAAAUGUUUAUGCCAUUUGUAAAUCCUAAAUGUAAUGUGUUUAUUUGCAUAGCAGUGACAUGUUUAAAAGCCAUCGUAAAGUGUAAAUAUUGUAUGUCAGUUGCCAUUUCUCUUUUUUCUCUUCCAUUUUUGUUCCUUUUUGACAAGCACAGUGGUAGAAGAACCCACUAUGAGGCCGUGCCCCUUUUACUCUGAGGGGUGAAAAUAGGAUUUGAAAGACGACCUGUAACCCGUAGGCCAGAUACAAAUGUUUGAAGGUAACAUUUAAAUGGAGAGAUUUUAUUGCUGAAACAAGAGCCAAAUAAAAGUUCCCUAUGACUGUUUA